GUUCUUCAGCAGGUGCCUGGCGUGGGGUGUGCGAACAGGCCUCGGCUUAGGUGCGGCUCUCCUGCUGCUCAGAUUAAUGUGAGACAUCCUGUGCUCUUACGAGGCAACUGUACAUGUGUUUCCUGCUAGAGGGAAACACAAUUUAGAUGCAUAAGAUCUAGUCCAUUAAAAUAGAGUCUAAGUCUUGUCUUGAGGGUACUAAAAAAGCUAUGCAGUGCAAGAUCUCAGCUUUUUAAUAAUUUUUUUAACAUGAAAAAGGACAUUCAUGCACACUAGUUCCCACAGUGGGUGUGUAGAAGCUAAGAUGGUAGCAUCACUUCCCUCUGAGUAUUGGUCUUUCUGUUUUAUGGUUUUGAUUUUGUUGCUCUCUACUAUUCACUGUUUCUUUUAACCCAUGUUAUGGGGCUGAGUAUAUUAACAAAAUAAAACCACUUGGGCUUUUUCUCUUAGGGACUUUUCUUUCUUUAUGAGAGGAUUCUUUUUCCUAUUAGUGUUGUGUAAGAUUAGAUUUAAUAUUUUGCUGUUUUUUCUCACAGAGUGAUUCAUAUUCAACUUCUGUUUUCACUGCUGCCUGAACUUGCUAUUAUUUCUUGCUCUCCAUGGGGUUUAUUACCAAAACAAUCCCUCCUCUCGAGGUUAAGAACAGACAGGAUCAGCCCAUUUUCCAUUUCCAGAAGGGUGGGGAGGGGAGGGGAGGAGAAAAAAAAAUGUAUCAGGUUACAAGGGUUUUUAUGUGGAGGGGAAAAAAGCAGGAGUAAUGCCAUGGAUUUAUACUCCCACCCCUUUAAAAUGCCUGUUUAUAGGCACUUGUUGCAUUAGACCAGCCGUUUCACAUGCCAGAGGUGGUAAACAUGGCUGAGAAGACGACCUUUGUUGAUGAAAUAAAUAAAGCGUUGGCAAAGUCUGAAGGGUUUACCCUGAAGGACCUGCUGUUCUCCUACCGGGGGACUCCUUAUCCCGUCACAGUGUGCAGUGCAGAAACAUUCCAAGCCCUGGAGAACUUACAAGCUAGAAGAGAUGAUCUGGUGCUGGUGUCUUACCCUAAAUGCGGUGUGAACUGGCUUAUCCAGAUAUUAAGUGAUUUGAUAUUUACAACUACCCAGAGUAAACAUGUGAGCACAGAACUACCAUUUAUUGAAUGUGGCGAUCCAGAUAAGUACCAGAGGAUAAAGCAGAUUCCAUCUCCAAGGAUUUUGGCAACACAUCUGAAUUAUGAUUGCCUCCCCAAGUCUAUUUUCAAGAACAAAGCCAAGAUACUAGUGUUGUUUCGAAACCCUAAAGAUACAGCUGUUUCAUUUUUCCAUUUCCACAACAAUGCGCCAAGCAUCCCCCGUUACAGUUCCUGGGAUGAGUUCUUCUCAGAGUUCAUGAAUGGGAAAGUCAGCUGGGGAUCCUAUUUUGACCAUGCAGUUACCUGGAACAAACAUAUUGAGGAUGAAAAUGUUAUGGUUGUAAUAUAUGAAGACCUGAAAGAGAACCUGACUUCCAGUGUAAAGCAGAUAGCUGAAUUCUUUGGAUUCUCCUCAACGGCUGAGCAGAUUCAGUCUGUUGCAGACAGAGCCACUUUCCAGGCAGUGAAGGACAAGGCUCAGGAGACGCAUGGUCCUGUUGGCUCAAUUCUCUUCCGAAAAGGUCUUGUUGGCGACUGGAAAAAUCUUUUCACUGAAGCUCAGAACCAGGAAAUGGAUGCCAAAUUCAAAGUGUGCUUAGGAGGAACUAAGCUUGGAGCAAUGUUAAAAUAUGAUGUGUACUGCAAGGUCUGAACUAGAGUUACAGAAAAAAAUCUCAUGUCUGGGCUGCUUUUCAGUCACUUUUAUGAAAUUAAAAAGAAAUUAGGACAAAUAUCCAAUUUGAAAUAUCUGAAAAAUCUUGCAGUUUGCAGACCUGUUUAUAUGGUCUUAACUUGCACAAGCUAUCCUUGUUCAUUCAGUUAGUGCUGUUGACUUCACUGGAUCUUCUUAAAUGAGCUGUGGGUCUUUGGCCUCAUCUUGGUUUUUAAAAUUGAUUUUUAGCCAUGAUUCUGCAUUACUUGGUAGAAUCCUUUUUGGAAUGUGGAUGCAUUAGUUGCACCUGCUGAAAUCACUGAGAAUGUAUUCAGUAUGUUGAAGUGAUUUUCCAAGAGGUUUUUUUAAACAAUCAUUAAGUGUAAUUUUAAUUUUUAUUUUGUAAGUUCUUAGUAUUUCAGAGUAAAAUGAAAUUUCAAAAGGU